CUUCUGUGGCAAUGAGAUAAAGCUGAGCUGGCACGCAGAGGGAAGACACACGCGCACAGACCUUCACCCAGCCAGGAUCCUAUGAGCCUACGCCUUGCUGACCUGUGUUCCAUGUAGCCUUGUGCCUGCCAGGAGAAGAAGGCCGCUUGACAACUGUUGCGGGAGAGACACCAUCAGCUAGACACCGUCAGCAAACGAAGGUUCUGUUUAUUCCGGAGAGUGGAUGGACUUUCCUUCUUUUUUUUUUCUUCUUCAUUGGUAUUGAUUGAACUACGGGAGACGGCAUUGCGUCGGUGAAAACAACCUCCACCUCGUCCUCCUCCACCUUCCUCCACCUACCUCCUCCGCCCCCCCCCCCCCUUGAGGAGCGUCGGGCGGACGUGACGAUGAACUCCCUGUCCAGCGCCCUGGGCCGGGCCCCGGAGCACCCCCGGCCCCUGUGCGUCCCGGGGUCCGUCGGCGCGGACGACCUCCCCAGGGGCUGCCACCCCAGGUUCAGCCCCGUGUCCCGCUGCCUCAGCCCGGGCUCCCUGCUGGGCCACCCGAGCCACCACAGAUCCCCCAAGUCCCAGCGGGACCUGAGCCCCGAGGAGCAGCAGGAGCUCCGCCGGAAGAUCAACAGCCGGGAACGCCGGCGGAUGCAGGACCUCAACGUGGCCAUGGACGCCCUGCGGGAGGUGAUGGUGCCCUACGCCUCCUCCUCGCCCCCCUCCCCCGCCUCCCCCCCCUCCCACUCCCACCAGCCGGGGGCCCCGCCCGGACGCCGGCUCUCCAAGAUCUCCACGCUGGUGCUGGCCAGGAACUACAUCCUCCUGCUGGGCUCCUCGCUGCAGGAGAUGCGGCGGCUGCUCGGGGAGGUGAGCGUGGGCGUCGGGGGCGUCAACGCGGGCCCCGUGCCCAGACUGCUGCUGGCGGGGGGGUGGCCCCUGAUCUCGGGCCCCAGUCACUUGCUCCUGUCGCCGGAGUCGCUGCUCACCACGGCGGCUUCCUCGUCCUCCGCCCCGUCCCACCCCGCCGCCAAGUGCACCAUCCUGUCGACGGGGGGCCCCGUGGAGCCCCCGCUGGCGCCGGUGCAGUGGGGCUCCGUAGGGGCCCCCGGGGAGGGGAGUCUGUGCCCCUGCAGCGUGUGCAGACUGCCCCGGUUCGGGCACCCUGGCUCCGUGCCCAGGUUUCCAAAGUGACACUUUGAGACCCCGAUGUUGACAACAUUGCCGAUUUCGGCUGAAAAAGCGGACAGAUUGAUGAAAGGACUCGAAGGGACAGGAUUGACCACCAGAAUGUGCUGUAGUUCGUCUUGAUUAUCGUCAUGUAUUGUCACUCUUUUGUAUACGCUUUUGUAAACAUACUCUAGUUUUUGGGAUUGUCGCUUGAAGUAAACGUA